CCCUUUCCUCUUCCACGCCACAUUGUGUGAUUUGACACGUUUUAAAGCUUGGCAUAUCAGCUGUGACUAUAAUCUGGAUCAGAUGUCUCACCCCUGCUGUGCCCUUUCAGACUAAUGUGGAUGGAGCAAGCAGAGUUUGUCGUUUAGAGUGGGGAGGAUGGACAGCGCGUAGACGGGUAAAAAGUGAAGGAGAGUGGUUUGGCUGGGCCGUCAUCAGAGCAGGAAGUUCUGCGUGUGGUUAAUCAAGCGGAACAGAGGAGGGAAGCUGCUGUUCUACCCUUCCUUAUGCAACAUUACAGUACAGGGUGCAGACACUGAGACAGGAGAGAAGAAGGCAGGUCAUGCAGCCUGUUUGACUACAGAGGAGGCUGUCUGGGCCCUGUGAUGGCAUCUGCAGGUCCAAAUCCCGAGGGUGGUGGACCUGCUUCUGGGCAGGAGUCUGGAGGUCGGAGGCUGUCCUGGCUGGUCCUGCUGCUGACUCUUGCAGCGGUCACCUCCUCGUCUCUCUCUGCUCUGUCUCUGUACCACCUGCUGGCCCUUAGGGCCGAGGUUGAGGAGCUCCGGUCAGAGGUCUUCCGCAGGAGAGAGGAGCAACAAGAGGCUAGGCAUGGAGAGACACUGCAGCAGAUGAGCAGCAGAGCCAGAAGGAGCAGCCCAGACCCUCCACACCCCCCUGACCCCCAGCCUGGGCUGUCUUUCGUCAGGAAGAGGAGUGUGGGCACAGGAACUGAGAACUCAGUGUCUCAGCCUUGUCUACAGAUGCUGGCAGAUAGCAACAGGAAAACAUUCCAGAAAGAGUUUGCGUUGGAGCCUUACACAGGGAUCCCCUGGCAGGCGGGGCUUAGAAGAGGCUCCGCCCUGGAGGCAGAGAGCGACAGCAUCCUGGUCAGAGAGGAGGGAUACUACUUUGUCUACAGUCAGGUGAGAGCUAGUUACUACAUGGAUACGACCUUUGCCAUGGUCAUUGUGGUUAAGAAGAAGAGGAACGUGGUGGGAGAUGAAGCUCAGCAUGUCACAUUGUUCCGCUGUAUCCAGAACAUGAACCCUGUCUACCCAUACAACACCUUUACACAGAGUGAGUCUGUUCUUUGUGUGUGA